UUUGGUCAACUGAUAAACUUCUGGUGAAAGUCGUGGCCUUAUGGCUUUCUAUUUCCUCGCAACAUUUUGAAUUAUAUACAAUAUGGUGUUGAAAUUAAUUGGCUCCAUAGAGGAGCUAAUUGAACAGUACAAAAUAAAUCUAAUUCAAGUAAUUUUCAUCGUAUUUAUUAUAACAAUCGUUCUACUGGGCAGCUUGAUGACCCUUGUGGAAUCCCAUCUGCCCAAUAGCAUACGUCAAUCAUUUCGCUAUGGCAAACAUAGUCAUAAGGGUGACACGGAUGUACUCGUUAGUCACUUAGAAGUGCCCAAGGCCUGGUUCAGUCAUUUCUAUGUAUUUGCCUUUGGCUGGUCGCUAUUGGCGCUCUACCUAAUCAGCGCCGCUAUUUGGAGCCAAGAAACAGCACCGGAAUUCGUGGUCCGUUUUUUGGAUUUCAUGUGUGGCGGCCGCGGUCGGCGACAGGUGCAGGUGGACUCCAAUACCGCUCUGUUAGGCACCUUGCUGCUUAGUUUGCAAUGCGUGCGUCGCUUCUAUGAGACGAACUUUGUACAAAUCUUUUCGAAACGCAGUAAGAUGAACCUGUCCCACUAUGCUGUGGGCUUUAUACACUAUUUUGGUGCCAUAGUCGCUCUGCUAGCGAACACGGCGGGCUUCGUAAGAGGUUCAAAGCCCGCGCCCUUUACACUCUCCAAGAUCAGUCUGCUCCAAACCGCCUAUGUGCUCAUCUUCCUCUUCGCCUGGCUACAACAAUAUACCAGCAAUAUGUUGCUUGUGAAUCUUCGCAAGAAUGCAAAGACGGGCGCUGUCCAAACCGAAGAACACUUGAUGCCCAAUGGAGGUUGGUUCAAUUGGAUUUCCUCGCCUCACAUGUUCUUUGAAGUUGUCAUGUACUACUGCCUCGCGGAUCUGUUUACACCAAUCAUCACUUGGAAGUUGAUCUUCCUUUGGGUGGCCAGCAAUCAGACGAUCAACGCUUUGCUCACCCAUCAGUGGUACAAAGAUAACUUUAAGGACUACCCCAAGAGACGACGUGCUAUUAUACCUUGGUUACUAUAAAACUAAUCGUAAAUUCGAUACUAAAAACUGGCUACUGUAAAUUAAUUUAUACCUAAUUAUUAAGUGGCUUAUUUAUUA